ACAGACUUCAACUCCUUCCCUGCCCUGCCAGCAGCGGGAUCUACACAAUCGCUCAGGACUAUCAGACAGGUUGAGUAUUCCUUCAGAAGAGAUGGCGGUGUUGGCUCAUUGCAAAGGUUCAUAAAGAUCAGCACUAUGACUGAUGGGGACUAUGACUAUCUGAUCAAACUCCUAGCCCUGGGGGAUUCUGGGGUUGGGAAGACAACAUUCCUUUACAGAUACACAGACAACAAAUUCAACCCAAAAUUCAUCACAACAGUAGGAAUAGACUUUCGGGAAAAACGUGUGAUAUACAAUAGCAGAGGACCAAAUGGAUCUCCAGGAAAAACCUUUAAGGUCCAUCUACAGCUUUGGGACACUGCUGGGCAGGAAAGAUUUCGAAGUCUCACCACAGCAUUUUUCAGAGAUGCCAUGGGCUUUUUAUUAAUGUUUGAUCUCACCAGUCAACAGAGCUUCUUAAAUGUCAGAAACUGGAUGAGUCAACUGCAAGCCAAUGCAUAUUGUGAGAAUCCCGAUAUAGUAUUACUUGGUAACAAGGCUGACUUAUCAGAUCAGAGGGAAGUCAAUGAGAGACAAGCACGAGACCUUGCAGAUAAAUAUGGCAUACCAUACUUUGAAACAAGUGCAGCUACUGGGCAAAAUGUGGAUAAAGCUGUGGAAAUGCUCCUGGACUUGAUAAUGAAGCGCAUGGAACAAUGUGUUGACAAGACACAAGUAUCUGACACAGCCAAUGGAGGAAGCUCGGGGAAGCUAGAUUCAGCAAAGCCAGAGGAGAAAAAGUGUGCCUGCUAGACUUCACCUCUAAACUGUGAGAACCAAUACGAAUAUUUGAUCUGAAAAUGGCUGAUUUACCACUAAAUUCAAACCUGGCCAUGCACAGAAACAAAGUUGUCUUGUUUGGGUUUUUGUUCUUCUCCAGAGAACUGAGUUUUCAGGGAGGCUUCUGUGCUGGAACUAAUAUUCCUGAUAUGGCACCAUGGAAGAUCUAAAAGCGCCCUCAUCUUAAUACAAUCAGGCUAGAAAAUGUAGGAGAGAUGUUCCCUCCUACCUUGGAAGGAGAAAAAACUAUUGUUUGUAUGGGGGGAGGAGGGGAAAGAUAAAUAAUUUGGAUAUCAUGAUAAACUAAAAAGGGGUACUUUGUUAGGUCUCGGUCUUAAUUGAAUCUUGCUUCUUUAUACUACUUUGUAUUUACAUCAGAGACCAUGCAUCUGCUAAAGUGGAGAUAUGAGUAAAGAGAAUGUUAUGUGGUGUAUUACUUGCACAAAGCAAGCAAUGGUGUGACUGACUGAUGAUAAGCUAAUGUGUGAGGAGAAAGGGGUGGAGGCUAUUUUUUUAAAAAUAAAACCAGGGAAACAUGCAACAUUAUUUGUGUUGCUAGUAAAUAAUCAAGCAGGCUUUGGAGGGUGAGGGGGAUAGGGAGAAGAUGCUCAAAUUCCAGCACUACAUGGAAAAGUGGCAACAC